UAUCAAAAACUUCAUUCCAGAUGCCUAUGACGUAUAUGUAAUUAAUGAAGCUCUACAGGAAAUUGAAGACUUCACUUGCAUCAACUUUAUCCGAAGAACAACUGAAAAAGAUUAUAUCUACGUCACCCCAGAUGGAGGAUGCUGGUCAUAUGUUGGUCGCCAAGGUGGGUCUCAAGUUGUUUCCCUAACUGUUCCUGAUUGUAUUAACAAAGGGACUGUUAUACAUGAGUUGAUGCAUGUUCUUGGUUUCUGGCAUGAGCAUAAUAGAUCGGACAGAGAUGAUUUUAUUGAAAUAAUUUGGAGUAAUGUUAUUAAAGGUAAUAUUUGCUUUGACAUUGGUAAGAAACUUUGCCUUAAUUAGCUGACGUGUAAUUAAUAAUAUUCUUAUCAUUUCAUAAAUUUCAUAAUGAGUAUUGUUUAAAGUAAAUAAAUUAGUGUUAUCAUC